AUGCUGUCCAGCAAACUCGGUAUCGAGGAGGUGGCGGAUCAGCUGAAGGGAAAGCGCGUAUUGAUGCGCGUAGACUUUAACGUCCCAUUGAAGGACGGGAAGGUUACGGACACCACCCGUGUUGUAGCAACAAUUCCUACAAUUAAAUACGCCUUAGAUAAAGGGUGCAGAUCUGUUAUACUUAUUUCUCAUUGUGGUCGUCCUGAUGGUCGUGUGCAGCCCUGUUAUAGUUUAGCUCCUGUUGUACCUAUAUUAAAGGAGGAAUUAAAGAAGAAUAAUAUAAAUAAUAAUGUAACAUUUAUACCUAAUUGUGUAGGAAAAGAAGCAGAAGAUGCAUCUAAUAAUAGUAAGAAUGGAGAUAUUCUUCUUAUGGAGAAUCUUCGCUUCCAUGUAGAGGAAGAAGGAAAAGGAGUAGAUGAGCAAGGAAACAAGAUUAAGGCAGACCCUAAGAAGGUUGAGGAAUUCAGAGCAUCUCUUACCAAAUUAGGAGAUAUAUUUGUUAAUGAUGCCUUUGGUACUGCACAUCGUGCGCAUGCAUCCAUGGUAGGAAUAAAUCUACCAUUAAGGGUUUGUGGUUUAUUAAUGAAGAAAGAAUUGAAUUAUUUCUCUAAGGCAUUAGAAAACCCUAAAAAACCCUUUCUUGCUAUAUUAGGAGGAGCUAAGGUUAAGGAUAAGAUACAACUUAUUAAGAAUCUACUUAAUAAGGUAGAUAUGAUGAUAAUAGGAGGAGGUAUGGCAUUUACAUUCAAGAAAGAAUUAGAGGGAAUGUCUAUUGGUGAUUCAUUAUAUGAUGAGGAAGGAGCAAAGAUAGUAAAAGAUAUAAUAAAAGAAGCAAAUAAUAAACAAAUUAAUAUAUUAUUACCUACAGAUUUUAUUAUUGCUAAUAAAUUUAGUCCUGAUGCAGAUACACAGAUAAAAACAGAUAAGGAAGGUAUUCCUCAAGGAUGGAUGGGUCUAGAUAUUGGUCCUCAAUCUAUUGAGGCAUUCAAGGACAUGGUAAAGAAAGCAAAAACAAUUGUAUGGAAUGGACCUCCAGGUGUAUUCGAGAUGCCAGCAUUCUCUAAGGGCUCGUUCGCUCUUGCUGCAGCAGUAGGGGAGGUAACUGCAGCAGCAGCAGCAGCAGCAGCAGCAGCAGCAGCAGCAGGACAACAACCAGAUGUUAUAUCUAUUGUAGGAGGAGGAGAUACUGCAUCAUUAGUAGAUAAAUGUAAUAUGGCUAAUAAGAUGAGUCAUGUAUCUACAGGAGGAGGAGCAUCAUUAGAAUUAUUAGAGGGAAAAGAGUUACCUGGUGUUGUUGCUCUAUCUAAUAAAUAA